AUGGCUGCAAAGGGAAAGGCAAAAGUGUCCAGCGUAAUGAGCGGAUCAAAAGGCAAGAAAAUACGCGCUAAGAAGGCAACCGACGUAAUGAGCAAGAAGGAGUUCUACAACCUAGCACUCCCCUCAACAUUCGGAAUAAAGCACGCAGGCGUCACCAUAAUAGACAGAAGCCAGGGAAACUACUUCGCCCCAGAUGCAAUAAAAGGCAGAACUUUCGAGGUAAACCAGGGAGAUCUCGCCCCAGGAUCAGCAGCACAAUCUUUCAGGAAGUUCAAGUUCGUAGUUGACGGAGUCCAAGGAAAAGACGCAAUCAGCAGCUUCCACAGUAUGGAACUCACCAGCGAUAAGAUCAAGAGCAUCCCAAAGAAGUGGCACACUCUCAUGGAGGCAUGCGUGAAAGUAGACACAACAGACGGAUACACCCUCAGAGUCUUCACAAUCGCAAACACGAAGAGAAAGGCAAAGUCCACGAAGAAGAACUGCUACGCAAAACUCUCCCAGGUAAAGGCAAUUCGACAGAUAGUCUUCAAAAUAGUCAGAGAAGAACUCGGAGCAGGAUCAAUCCACGACGCAAUGAAGAAGCUCAUGGCAGAGUCCAUUGGAGCACGGAUCGAGCAGGAGGGAAUAAAGAUAUACCCCCUCCAGAACUGCCACGUCAAGAAGGUAAAGGUCCUCAGAAGACCAAAGCCAGAUGAGUCAGCGUUUGAAACGAGACAGCGCGGGAAAAAGGUCGAAGUAGACCUGGUCCAGGAAUAA